AUGGGUCAGGCCAAGCUCCAGGAGCUGCGCCCGGCGGCGGCGAGGCUGGCGGCGCAGCGCCUGGAAAAGGAAGAGGCGGCAGAGACCCUCGAGCGAGAGCUUCGAUCGACGGCUGAAGAACUGGCGGAGGGCCAGCGUCGGCUUGCCGCCGCAUACUCGGAGAAGGAGCAACUGCUCGUGCUUCUGCAGGAGCAGAGGGGAACUCUACAGCGCUUGGCGCAGGAAGCCGCACGAGAUGUGGCCGAAGCAGAUGCCAUGGAGGCGGAGGCGCAGGAGCUGAGGGCCCGAGCUGCCGCCGAGGCGCGCUACGAGCUGGCCGCUUGGCUUGGAUAG